AUGCGAGCCCAGGCUCUGCUGCCCACCCUGCUUCUCUGUGUUCUGCUGCUGCAGGCCCAGGGAGGGCACCGUAACCUGAACAGGAAUCAGAAUAUGAGAGCCUGUAUGGAGCGACCCGACGAAUAUCUUUGCAGCAAACACUGUUCAUAUUUCCUAAAGUGUCCAACCAACACCACGUGCUGCACCACCUUCUGUGGGAACGUCUGCAUGAACAUCCUGUGAGUCAGGGUGCAGGCUGGGCUGUGCGUCCUGCUCCCCGAGCCCUCCAUCCAGAGACUGUGCCUGUGAUGGAAACACAAGGACCUCACACCCGGGCACGAGGAUGUCAAUAGGAAUG